GCUCAUUAUUGCGUGUCUCAUUCCUCCACCAUCGCUCUGCCCUUCUCAGCCAAAGAGUAGAUACUACAUAGAACACCACUGCAGAAUUCAUUAAUGAAUUUGGUUUUUGGUUACAGAUAGCAAUUAAUUCCUCAUUUCUUUCUUCGUUAUCGCAACAAUCCACUUCCCAUUCUUCUUCUCUCCAACAUGUCUAUGGCGGUGCUAUCUCCCCUGUUUCUGCUCCUUCUCUUAUCGGUUUCUUUUCCGGCGGCCAAAUCCACUGCCGUCCAACGGAACCACCCGAUGCGGCUGAGAUUUGGGAAAGAUGGGGAGUUCAAGAUUCUGCAAGUGGCGGAUAUGCAUUAUGGUAAUGGGAAAGAUACCCCAUGUGAGGAUGUUCUUCCCACUCAGUUUGCUUCUUGCUCUGACCUCAACACCACCGCCUUCCUUCGCCGGAUGAUUCUUGCUGAGAAACCUGAUUUCAUUGUUUUUACUGGGGACAAUAUCUUCGGAUUUGAUGUAACAGAUGCCGCAAAAUCUUUAGAUGCUGCAUUUGCUCCUGCAAUUGCUUCCAACAUUCCGUGGGCUGCUAUUUUGGGGAACCAUGACCAAGAAUCUACUCUUUCUAGGGAAGGAGUAAUGAAGCAUAUAGUUGGGUUGAAAAAUACUCUCUCUAAGGUUAAUCCUUCAGGAAUAAAGGCAAUUGAUGGAUUCGGGAACUACAAUCUCGAGGUAGGUGGUGUGAAGGGAUCUGGUUUUGAGAACAAAUCUGUUCUAAAUCUGUAUUUCCUUGACAGUGGUGAUUACUCCACAGUUCCUGGGAUCUUUGGCUAUGGCUGGAUUAAACCUUCUCAACAGUUUUGGCUUCAGCUUACUUCAGCCAAGCUCAAGAGAGCAUACAUGAACAAGCCAUUCCCCCAAAAGAAUGCAGCACCUGGGCUAGCAUACUUCCACAUACCAUUGCCAGAGUUUUCGAGCUUCGAUGCAUCAAAUUACACUGGUGUUCGACAAGAAGGGAUCAGCUCUCCUUCUGUGAACUCUGGUUUCUUUACUGCCAUGGUUGAAACAGGAGAUGUAAAAGCAGUAUUUACAGGUCAUGAUCAUCUCAAUGAUUUCUGUGGAGUGCUUACUGGGAUAAACCUUUGCUAUGCUGGAGGGUUUGGGUACCAUGCUUAUGGGAAGGCUGGGUGGUCUAGGAGAGCUAGGGUGGUGGUGGCUAACUUGGAAAGAACAGCAAAAGGAAAUUGGGGAACUGUCAAAUCUAUCAGAACAUGGAAACGCCUUGAUGAUAAACAUCUCACACCCAUUGACAGUCAAGUUCUUUGGAGCAAGAGCUCUCUUGGUGGCGUUGAUCUAAAUCUUUGAGAAAUGAAUGUGAUAAAAGAUCCGCUCUACCAUGCAAAUCAUAGCACGUGGGCAUGCCAAUUGACAAAGAAAAUUAUCAUAUAGUCAUUGUAAUAGAAAUGAUCUAUUCCUUGUUAUUAUUUUUAUUUUUUUUACAAGAGUAGCUAUUAACCAUAGAGAAUGGUUGUUUGUUAUAAAUAAAUUUUUUUGUUUAAAAAAAACAAUAUGUGGAUAGAGGAAUUGAUGAGGUCGAAAAUAUAAACAUUAUUAGAUCAAAACUUAUUAAAUGGAUAAUUUGAACUCUUCCCGCA